CUCACGAUAGUUAGACGGGAAAUUACGUCAAUUGAGCACUGUAUUGCGCCGUAAAGCGAAUGUUUUUUCCACGAGUAACGUUGGGUUAGUGCAGCGUGUCUUAUAAUGCCGCCUAAGAAAGCGCCGGCAGCACCGCAAAGCGGCAAGAAAACUGAACAAAAGAAAAAAGAAAAAAUUAUUGAGGACAAGACCUUUGGACUGAAAAAUAAGAAGGGUGCCAAACAACAAAAGUUCAUCAAAAAUGUCACUCAUCAAGUUAAAUUUGGACAGCAAAACCCUAGAUUGGUUGCACAGGCUGAAGGUGAAAAAAAAACCAAGAAAGAUGAUAAGAAGAAAGAGUUGCUUGAACUGAAUGAUCUCUUUAAACCAGUAGUAGCUGCACAAAAGGUCAGCAAAGGCGCAGAUCCAAAAUCAGUAGUCUGUGCAUUCUACAAGCAAGGACAGUGCACCAAAGGAGAUAAGUGCAAAUUUUCCCAUGAUCUCUCUUUGGAAAGAAAAUGUGAAAAAAGGAGUGUCUAUGUUGAUGGACGGGAUGAGGAACUUGAAAAGGAUACAAUGGAAAAUUGGGAUGAAAAGAAAUUAGAAGAGGUGGUGAACAAGAAACAUGGUGAAGCAGAGAAGAUAAAACCCAAAACCCAGAUUGUUUGCAAGUUUUUUCUUGAAGCUAUAGAAAACAACAAGUAUGGGUGGUUUUGGGUUUGUCCUGGUGGAGGAGACAUGUGCAUGUAUCGGCAUGCCCUGCCUCCUGGAUUUGUACUUAAAAAGGACAAAAAAAAAGAAGAAAAGGAUGAGGAAAUUUCUUUGGAAGAUUUAAUAGAAAGAGAGCGUGCUGGACUUGGGCUCAAUGUUACUAGAAUUACCUUAGAAUCCUUUCUUGAAUGGAAGAAAAGAAAAAGGCAAGAUAGAAUUGUAAAACUGGAAGAAGAAAUGGAAAAAAGAAAAGCAGAUUUCAAGGCUGGAAAAUCUUUGGGGAUAAGUGGUCGUGAAGUAUUUGAGUUUCGACCUGAGCUUAUCAAUGAUGAUGAUGAAGAAGCAGAUGAUACAGAUUAUAUAUUUGACAAAGAAGACAGUGAUAGUGAAACUGCUGAUGAUAUUAAAGAUAUUGAUCUAAGCCGGUUUGUUCUUAAAGAUGUUGAUGAAACUGGUAUUACGGUGGCAAGUUGUGAGCGAUUUAGCUCAUAUGUCAUUUCAACAGAAAAAGAUGAAGAAAAGCUGUGUGUGGCAUCAGGAGGAGAAAUGGAAAAUGAAGACCAGAGUGAAGAGCAGCAAGAGAAUGAUCUGGAAAAUGGUUUUGUGGAUGCUGUUCCUGUUGAUGAAAACCUGUUUACAGGAGAGGAUAUGGAUGAACUUGAGGAAGAACUUUACACACUUGAUUUAGAAAAAUAAUGUUUUUUUCCAAUUAAAAAACUUAGAAAAAAAUCUUUAAGUUCCAAAGGAUCGCAUUUCUUUAAUGUGCUCAUAAAAAUAUAUAUAAAUAUGUAACAGCAUCUUUUAAGGGUUUUACGGAAUUCCAAAAUAAAAAUUCAAUGAGACCGUCAAAUUAAUGUGUAAUACAUUUCUUAGAAUUCUGAGCAUUUAAAUUAAUCUGUUUUUUUCAGUAUAAAUAAUAUGGAUUUCACUUUUGCUGUUUUGGAAAGGUUUAUAUUCUCUUAAUAUGAUCUGUCUUGUUGCUCCAAAUGUAUAGUGUUAUGCAUAACAGUUUCCGUUCUAGAACUAUUCAGAUUCCAUACAUUUACAUUUUUUACAGAGAGAAAUAAAGACCAUCAAUCUAA